GUCCUCGACAGGCAAUGCCGGCGGGCAGUCGCAGCCUUACGCGGGCAGACACGCGCAUCUUCUAAACAAACAACAACUCUACGCUUCGAAAAGCUAUCGACUGUGCGAUACGACCACGAUGGCGCCCAAGAGAAAGUCUGCGGCGCCCACACCUGCAUCCGCUCUUGAACAACUUCAGCAAUCGCAAACACUUAAGCUUUUGGCCAUUGCAGAGACCCUAUCACCAAAGGAUCUUCCACAGUCAACGAAGAAGCGCAGUUCGGUCGCGUCGGAGGAUAGCGAGCAGAAUGGUGACACACAUCCUGCAGCGUUGGAAGCAGAUCUACUGCACUACAAGGAAUUGUUCAGCAAGCUCCGCUUCAGCUAUGUCGAGCAAGUCACCAAAGAGAAGUUCCUCCGCAACAUAACCGAAAACCCGCCGCGCCUGGUCGAAGCGCCCGAAAACGACGAGAGAGAAAAGGAGAUAUUAGGAUUGAAGGCAAGCCUCAAGGAACGUAAACUCGAAGUCGCCGAGAUACUUAGACAGCUCGAGGAGAAAGGGACAGAGCUUGCGUCACGUUACGAGGGACUGCAACUGCGGAUACAGCAACUCGGGGCGCUUCCAAGUGAAAUUGAAGGUCUGGAGGCGAGCAUCGAGCACUUGAAGCAAGAGCACACACCAGCAUCCCACAACCCAGAGCUUGCGCUUCCGCUGCCAGAGACGCUCAUGGUACUCAACAAGCGAGACGCGGAACUGGCAGCGCUGAAUGCGCAAAUAGCAAGUCUGCAAGCCUCUAUACCGAAUCGAUCCCGAGAGCUAGAGAAACUAGAACGUGAUUUGAGGCCGCUAGAGACACAGAAGCAAGGCACUGUAGCCGCAGCGAAGGAGGCGAGGAGGAGGAAGGAGGAGAUUGGCGGUAUUGGGGACGAGUUGGAGGAGAGAGGGCGAUGGCUUAGGGCGUCUGAAAAGGCGCUGAGGGAGAUGCUGGAGGUGGAAGGCUGACUAGUCUUGCUGAGGUGAGGAUGUUGGAACUAGCGCUUGCUUUUUGACGGCGUUUUGGGAUGGGUCCGGAUUAAGAUACCACUGCUUUAUGUACUUUCAAACUUUGAAUGUCCUACGGGCGAAUGCACACGACAACCUUCAUAGUGUCAUGAACACCUCCAGGCUACUAUGUGAUCGAAGCAGGGCGCUUCUCAAAAAUACUCGAGGAUCGUCACGCUGUAUUUCGGAAUCGAGAAUAAGCCUUUAU